AUGGGGCCCAUGAAGAAAUGGACUGAAGCACACAAGACAGAAGGUGUGUCUUCUAAGGCUAUUGACUGGUCCCAAGAAGCGAAGAGGAAGCGCAGUAUAGUGGAACCAGUUACAUUUGAGGAUGUCACCGUGGUCUUCACGGAGGCAGAAUGGAAGAGACUGAGCUCUGAGCAGAAGAACCUCUAUAGAGAAGUGAUGCUGGAGAGUUACAGGAAUCUGCUUUCAUUGGAUGAAGCACUGAAGGAGUUGGAAACCUCAAGAUUUGCACUAAACAGCUCUAAAGAGGAUGAAACAGACUGUGGCCUGAAGUCAGACUUCUUCACAAAUCAGAGGUCCCUCUUCCGAGAGAUGCUGCAUGUAUGCAUUGAGUGUGACCGAGGUUUUCACCGGAAAUCAAACCUUAUUGUGCAUCAGAGGAUACACUCAGGGGAGAAGCCCUAUGUUUGUAGUGAGUGUGGCCGAGGCUUUACACAGAAGUCAGGUCUCCUUUACCACCAGGGGACACAUUCAAAUGAGAAGCCAUAUGUUUGCAAAGAGUGUGGCCGAAGUUUUACACAGAAGUCCAGUCUCAUCACACACCAGAGGACACACUCAGAUAAGAACCCCCAUAUUUGUAGAGAGUGUGGGCGAGGCUUUACCCAGAAAUCAGGUCUCUGUUUGCACCAGAAGACAUACUCAGGGGAGAAGCCUUAUGUGUGCAAAGAGUGUGACCGAGGUUUUAGCCACAAGUCAAGUCUCAUCAGGCACCAGAGGAAACACUCGGGGGAGAAGCUCUAUGAUUGCAGCGAGUGUGGCCGAGGCUUUACCCAGAAGUCAGUUCUCCUCCACCAUCAGAGGACACACUCAAGGGAGAAGCCACAUGUGUGCAAGGAGUGUGGCCGAGGCUUUAGCCACAAGUCAACUCUCAUCACGCACCAGAGGGCACACUCAUGUGAGAAGCUCCAUGUUUGCAGUGAGUGUGGCCGGGGAUUUGCGAAGAAGUCAGUUCUCCUUCAGCACCAGAGCACAUACUCAGGGGAGAAGUUGUAUGUUUGUCAUAAAUGUGGCCGAAGCUUUCAGUGGAAGUCAGGCUUGGUUUUCCACCAGAGAACACACUCGGGGGAGAAGCCCUAUGUUUGUAGUGAGUGUGGCCGAGGGUUUUUCCGUAAAUCAGGUCUUGUUUACCACGAGAGGACACACUCAGGGGAGAAGCCCUAUGUUUGUAGUGAGUGUGGCCGAGCCUUUACCCAUAAGUCCAGUCUCCUUUACCACCAGGGGACACACUCAGGUGAGAAGCAAUAUGUUUGCACUGAGUGUGGCCGAGGCUUUACCCAGAAGUCAGUCCUCCUUCAGUACCAGAGUACUCAUUCAGGGGAGAAGUUAUACGUUUGCAGUAAGUGUGGCAAAGGUUUUAAUUGGAAGUCAGGCUUCCUUCACCACCAGAGGGCACACUCAGGUGAGAAGCCACAUGUUUGCAAGGAGCGUGGGCGAAGCUUCAGUUUUAAGCAAAGCCUAGUUAGACAUCGUCAGCAGGCUCACUCGGAAGCCCUUUGUUUGCAGUGA